UUCGCGCGGUGAUUAAAUUUUUUUGUUUGGAAAAUAUGUCGGGCAAAGAUAUCAAAGCCCGAUUGGAUGCAACACUUGGUGACUCUGCUCCAUCGAAAACCACAGUGUAUUCUUGGGUGAAUGAAUUCGCAAGGGGCAGAACGAGCUGUGAAGACGAACAUCGGUCAGGUCGUCCAAAUGAGUUGACUACGCCAGAAAACAUUAAAAAAGUCUACAAAAUGGUGAAAGAUGAUCGUCGUUUGAAGGUGCGUGAAAUAGCAGAGGCUUUGCACAUCUCAACCAGUGUGGUGUUUAAGAUUUUGCAUGAACAUUUGGAAAUGCAUAAGCUAUCUGCGCGUUGGGUGCCGCAUUUGCUUUCACCGCUUCAAAAACACGAUCGAAUGGACAUUUCAGAGCAGUGUUUGGCAAUCUUUCGAGCAAAUCCUGAUGAAUUUUUGCGUCGAUUCAUAACCACAGAUGAGACUUGGGUUCACCACUAUACACCAGAGACAAAAAAUCAGUCAAAACAAUGGGUUAAAAAAGGUGAAUCGGCUCCAAAGAAGGCAAAAACGGUAUUAUCGGCGGGAAAGAUUAUGGCCACUGUAUUUUGGGAUGCUCACGGUGUUAUUUUCAUCGACUAUUUGGAGCGUGGUAAAACAAUCACCGGACCAUAUUAUGCCACUUUAUUGGACCGUUUGGACGAUGAAAUCAAGGUUAAGCGGCCGCAUUUGCAAAAGAAAAAAGUUCUCUUUCACAGAGAUAAUGCGUCAUCUCACAAAUCGGCCGUUGCAAUGGCAAAAAUACACGAAUUACGAUACGAAGUGUUGCCGCAUCCAGCGUAUUCACCGGAUUUAGCCCCGUGCGAUUUCCACCUCUUUCCAAAUCUCAAAAAAUGGCUCGGAGGAAAAAGAUUCAACGACGAUGAUGAAGUAAUUGUUGCUGUAAAUGGGUAUUUUGGAGGUCUUGACGCCGACCACUACAAAACUGGAAUCUUAGCGUUAGAACAUCGCUGGGAAAAGUGUAUCGCCUCGGGUGGAGACUAUGUUGAAAAAUAA